AUGCCUCCUCUGUCUGAGAUCUUCACGAAGCUUCUCAGAAAGGCCAUGGCGGCAGGGAAGGUGCCUCUAGACUGGCUGCACCACCCUCUCUCCCCCGUGCUGCCCGCGCUGGUGCUUAUAGCGGGGGCCAUCUGGCUGCUGGGGCCACUGGUGCGGCUGUGCAGGAAGGUGAUUAAAAAGAGCGACGCUAACUGGGAGGAAUCGCGGUCUCGCCACGUGAUGGUGUCGUAUGUGCGCCCGCUCAUCCUCUGGGGCUGCGUGCUCGUGCUCUGCGGUUGCUUCCAGCCAUUCAGCAUGCCCACGGAGGCGGGGCAGCUCAUCAAGGACCGCUUUGUCAACUUCCUGCGAUCGCUCUCCACUGUGCUCGUCUUUGCCUUCUGCACCGCCAACCUAACUCGGCAGAUACAGAAGAUGAUGGAGAAGCAGAGCAACAAGGAGGAGACCCGAAACGUUGGAGUGCAGUUCGUGGGCAACACGGUGUACACGCUCGUGUGGGUGGCGGCGGUGUUUCUAUUCAUGGAGCUGCUGGGCUUCUCCACUCAGAAGUGGAUCACUGCUGGAGGGCUGGGGACAGUCGUGGUGACCCUGGCAGCUAGAGAGCUGCUGGGCUUCUCCACUCACAAGUGGAUCACUGCAGAAGGGCUGGGGACCAUUGUGGUGACUCUGGCUGCUAGAGAGAUUGUGACCAACUUCCUCUCGUCCAUCAUGAUCCAUGCCGCUCGCCCCUUCAUGGUCAACGAGUGGAUCGUGUGCCGCAUCGACGGCCAGGAGAUAUCCGGAACCGUGGAGCACGUGGGGUGGUGGGAGCCAACUCUAGUGCGAGGCGACGACAGGGAGGCGAUUCACAUCCCCAAUCACAAGUUCAGUGUGAUUGUCAUCCGCAACAUGAGCACACGCAACCACUGGCGCAUCAAGAUCUACUUCGGGGUCUGCCACCUCGACGUCAACAAGCUGCCGGACAUCCUGGUUGCAAUGCGCAAGUUCAUAGGCAAGCACCCCAUGCUGGAGCAGCGCCAUCUGCACAGGCGUGUGUUUGUGGAACGGAUUGAUGAGCAGCUGCAGGCCAUCAUGGUCAUGUGCUCGUGCUUCGUCAAGACCCCUUAUUUCGAAGAGUACCUGCGAGUCAAGGAGAACGUGGUGCUCGAAAUGUACAAGAUCAUUCUCGACCAUGGGGCUCGUCUAGCCACGCCCAUCCGCUCGGUGCAGAGACUGUACGACGAGGGCGAGGUGGCACGGGGGGGGUACAGCGAUGAGGAUGAAUUCGACGAGGAGGAGGAAGAGGACUAUGAGGACGAAGAGGAGGAGGAGAUGCGCCCCCCCGCGCUGCUCGUCGCUGCUGGGCUGGGUGUCGCUGGCUCUGGGUCCGUUGGAGGAGCAGGAGGGGGAGGUGGCGGGGGCGGAGGUGGGGGUGGGGGUGGGGGUGCGGGAGGGGGUGUGGGAGGAGGUGGAAGAGGGGGGUCGGGAGGAGGAGCAGCAGGGGGAGGAGGGGUUAGUGGGGCUGCGAGGGCGCCUGAGAAUGGGGCGAGAGUAGGGGCAGGGGCAGGGGCAGGGGCAGGGACAGGGACGGGGGCAGGGGCAGGGGGAGGAGUGCUAGUAGGGGCUGGGAAUGGGGUAGGCACGGGUGUGGGAGCGGGUGUAGGGGCAGGUGUGGGAGCGGGUGUGGGAGCAACAGCAGGGGCAGCAGCAGCAGCAGGGCAGGGAGGAGGGGAGGUGAAUGGGCAUGCGAGCUUGGGAGCGAAUGGAGGUGCGAGCAGAGGCGCGAAUGGGAACGGAGUGGUCGGUGCAGGCGAGGCAGGUGCUGCUAAUGGCGGUCUGCAUCACUCCCCUCCUACUCCUACUGCUGCUGCUAGUGGUGGUAGUGGUGGUGGUGGUGCUCCUGGUGCUCCUGGUGGUCCUGGUGGUGCUGGCACAGCUGCCAGUGGUGCUGGUGCUGCUCCCCCCUCCUCCUAUCCCUCUGUCCCUCCUCUCCCUCCUCCCUCCUCGCCUCCCCCCUCCGCUUUCUCUCCUCCCCAAGUCUCCUCUCCCCCGCCUCCCAUAUCAACUCCCAUGCAGCAAUCCACGUCACUUCCCAUGCAGCAAUCCACGACACCUCCCAUGCAGCAAUCCACGUCACCUCCCAUGCAGCAAUCCACGUCACCUCCCAUGCAGCAAUCCACGUCACCUCCCAUGCAGCAAUCCACGUCACCUCCCAUGCAGCAAUCCACGACACCUCCCAUGCAGCAAUCCACGUCACCUCCCAUGCAGCAAUCCACGUCACCUCCCAUGCAGCAAUCCACGUCACCUCCCAUGCAGCAAUCCACGUCACCUCCCAUGCAGCAAUCCACGACACCUUCCAUGCAGCAAUCCACGUCACCUCCCUUGCAGCAAUCCACGUCAUCACCCACACAACCCUUCAUCCCUCCUCCCCCUCCUCCCAGCCCUUCCUCAGCCCCUCCCCCUGUCCCUCCCUUGUCACGCCCUCCCUCCCCUCCCCGGUCACCUCCUCCUCCUUCUCCUGGUCCCCAAUCAGCCCCUCCCUCUAUCUCGCCCUCAUCACGCCCUCCCUCCCCGCCCCGAUCACCCCCUUCUCCCACUUCCCCAUCAGCCCCUCCCGCCUUUCCUUCCCCUACCCCCACCUCAUCCACGCAGGGAAGACCCCCUGCCAACCCUGUCCCCUCUUCUCCCCGUCCCCCCUCUGCUCCCUAUCCUUCCAGUCCUCCCCAGCCCCCCUCCUCUUCUCCCCAGAAGCCCCCUGCAAAGCCCGCUCCUGCUGCUGCUUUCGCCCCUCCUCCCUCUCCGAACGUUCCUUCCUCCCCAGCUAUUCCCACCUCAGCCGUCCCGUUAGCCUCCCCCGUUCUGCUGGCGACCCCCUCUCCUUCCACCCCCACCGGUGCUGGCCCGCUUACCAGCAGCCCUCCGAACAGGCAAGCAGCACCCACCACUGCUGCACCCAGUAGUGCCCCACCCACCGCUGUUCCACCCACCACAGCCAGUCCUGUUGCACGGGCUCCUGCUGGUCCACCUCCCUCUGCCGCUCCAUCAUUCUCUCCCACUCUUCAAACACCCAAUGCACCCUCUGCUGCUCCUCCCCCACCACCAACACCCAGAGGCCCCGCCAACCCACCUGGGAACCUCAGCAGCCCAAGGCAGCCCCCUGCUUCUGUUCCAGUGCCCUCUGCCGCUCCCCCUUCCUCCUCUGCUACAGCUGCACCUGUCACUUCUCCUACCUCGCCUGCUACGGCCGCAACUGCCAAUCCACCUUUCACCUCUGCUGCUGUCCCUCGCUCUCCUGCCCCCGCUUCUGGUACAGCUGCCCUUCGCCCUCCUCCGCCCUCUGCUACUGCUGGCCCCGUUUCUCCUUCUGCUCCCGCUGCUACAUCUGCUACAGGUGCUCCCGCCAACGCCUCUGGUGCAUCUCCCCCAACCACACCACAGUCUGCUCGAACCUCAGUUGGUACACCAGCAGCAGCAGGAGCACCACCACCACCACCACCACCAUCAGCAGCAGCAGCGAGUGGAGAUGCAACAACGGGAAUGCAAGCAGCAGCGGGCAGAGUGCAAGGCAUGGCAGGGCAACAGGCGGCACGGAUGGUACCAGCACAGGGAGUAGCAGCUGAAAGAAUGGGAGGUGCAGCAAGGGGAGGUGGAGCAGGGGGAGGUGCAGCAGGGAAAGGAGCAGCAAGGGGAGGUGGUGGUGGCAGUGGUGGUGGUGGCAGUGGUGGUGCUGGCAUUGGUGGUGCUGGCAGUGGUGGUGCUGGCAUUGGUGGUGCUGGCAGUGGUGGUGCUGGCAUUGGUGGUGCUAGCUUUGGUGGUGCUGGCAGUGGCGGUGCUGAUGGUGGUGGCAGUGGCGGUGGCGCUUCGGCAAGCAGGCGGGAGGUGUUGAGAGAGCAGCGUGCAGCGAGGUGGAGAGAGGAGCAGGCAAUGAGGGGCAGUGGGGGCACAGCAUCUCUAUCUCCUCCCCGCCAGCUCUCCACCUCGUCCCCUCCACAAGCAUCCCCUCCCCCUCUCGUCACUCCUGCACCUGCCUCCACUUCCCCUCGCUCCUCUCCCAUUCCCUCCACUCCCGCUGCCCCCUCUCUGCCGCCCUCCUCUCCCCUUCCCUCCCCCAACCCCAUCCUGCCCCCCACCUCCCCGCCAUCUCCUGUGUCCUCCUCUCCCUCCCUCACACCCUCGUCUACCGCCCCCUCUGCCUCCCCCUCUGCCUCCCCCCCUGCCUCCCCCCCUGCCUCCCCCUCUGCCUCCUCUGCACCUCCAGCCCCAGUUCUCUCGCCUCCUCCCCAACCACCAGAAGUAGCUCCCUCAACCACGGGCACAGGCAUGGGCACAGGCACGGGUACAGGCACAGGCAUGGGUGCUGGUACAGGAGCAGACACACAUACAGGCACAGCGGCAGUGGGUCAAAGUGGGAGGCUGACGAUACAGGAGCAGGAGGUGAAGGCGGGUAGAAAAACAGUGGAAGGAGAGGAGUUGGGGGAAGAAGAAGAGGAGGGAGGGAAAGGGAAGGACGGAGAGAGGGAAGGAAUGCAGCAGGCUAUACUGUUCCAGGUGGAAGGGGAGGGGGGUUAUGAUACUGAUUGGAAGGCUGAGAUUCAACAGGCACUGGGAAUGGACGGAGGUGAUGAGGAGAGCGAGGGAGAGGUGAAACAAGUGGGACAGUCAAGCCAGAUAGAGAAGAGGGAGAGUGAGAGAGAACACGAGAGGAGGCGGAGUGAGGAUGGGAGGCGUGGGAAUGAAGGGGGGCCGGGUGAUUUGAGAAAGCGGGAGGAAAGUGAGGGUGUAAGGCUGGUUUCUGAUGGGAAGCUAGGGGUGGGAGUGGGAAUGAGAGUGGAGGUUGCACCUGCGCCUGUCUUUGCUGCUGAUGUCAUUUUAACUGGUGCAAAUACACGGCCUGCGGUCACUGAUGAAGGUGGUGAUGGUGGUGGUGGGGUUGGCGGGGUUGGUGGAAAUAAUCUCACCAGCACCUCAGGCGUGAGUGCCUCUGACUUGGCAUCAGCAGGCGAAGCAAGGAGCAUUGGUGGGCAAGUGUUGGCACAAGGAGAGGUGGUGAUGCGAGGGGGAGCAGGAGAGUCCAGACCACCGCUACUGGGAGCAGCAGCUGCUGCAAUGAUGAGUGAGGGUUUGAAGCCUUCAGCAGUAGCAUCGGCUAGCUUCUCGGGUUCAGAUUCAGAUAUAGCUUCAGGGACUGGGAAGGGCGGGGAAAGAGAAGAUCCUGGUGCGACCAAUGCCACAAGUACUGCUGGUGUUGCUGAUGCUGGAAGCAGCAAUAGCAGUGCACUUAGAGCAGACUCAGCUCCGGAGGCAGGAGGUAAAAUGGCGGAGUCCCAUGUUGCCAAAGAGCAGCAGCUUGCGCCGCAUGUGACGGCGACCAAUGCCAGCAGCACGUCGACUAUAGAGGAAAUUCGCAAGAGGUACCGCAUUGGCAAGAAGAUUGGUACAGGUCGGUUCGGAACGGUCCACGAGGCGGUUGAUAGGCAGACAGGUGUCCACGUGGCAGUGAAGACGAUCCCUAAGGACAAAUACAAAUGCGCCGCGAUGUCGCUCUUCCGCAAGAAGGACAAGGCGGAGGAGGAAUCCACUCUCCGCCUGCUCCGCGGAGAGGCGGAAAUUAGCCAGGCGAUCGGCGGAAAGCACGGGAAAGGGCAGGCGCAAGGGCAGGCGGAAGGGCGGUCGAAUGUGGUGGAGGUGUUAUCUGUGAUAGAGGGGCGGCGCCACAUGUACAUAGUCAUGGAGCUCUGCCGCGGCGGCUCGCUCGCUAGUUACCUCGAGAAGCGGCGGCGCGGCGAGGUAACGGGCCUCGCACCUGCUAUCCCGACCGCGAUCGAAUCGUCUGCCGCGGAUCGCGGCUACGCGGGGUACGCAGGAGGGAAGCAGAUGGCGCACGAGCAGGGUGCAGAGUCGGAAGGGGAGGCGGAAGUGGAGUCUUUCGCCCACCGCCUCCGCCAAUUCAGCUCCGACGAUCUCUCCGCAUCCUCUUCCGCGUCUGACGCGGGACGGGAGAGCGAUGACGAUCACGACGCAGUGACCGCGGCGAGCCGACGCGAGGCCGCAAACCACGGGAUCUCCCCCGCUACAUCCGCCGCUACCGUGGGUUAUUCCGCCCUGGCCUUCCUCGAACGCGGCGCGUACGGCGCGGCGCGACGACAGCAGCAGGAAAGGGAGGACGAGGCGGCGUGGAUGGCUUACGAAAUCGCGACCGCAGUGGCAUACCUACACUCGCAGGGCAUCAUCCAUCGCGACAUCAAACCCGAGAACGUGCUCAUCUCGCUGCCGCCCGUUUCCUCUUCCGCCGCUACAGCUGCUACAGCCGCUACAGUUUCUACAGUCGCCAGCGCCGCUACAGAUGCGCGCGAUCAUCGCAUUUCCCAGCGCCACUCCCGGCACCGAGCCAGCUUGAGCAGAGACGGCGGGGUUUCACUGAAGAAGCGCGUGGCGCUCGUUAGUGUCACGAGCACGCUGCAGCGGUCCACAUCGCGUAGAAUCACCCCCGUUGCAAGCAACCCCUCGUUAGACGAGCUGUCAGGGGAAGACGAGCACCAGAAGGAGCGUCAACAGCACCACCACAAGCAGCAGCAGCAGCAGCGUGUGCAGCGACAGCGGCUGGUUCUAGCUGAUUUCGGAUUGGCCGAGAGGGCCAAGGAGGACGGGACAGUGCGACGCGGAAUGGUGGGCAGCCCCGCUUACAUCUCCCCCGAGGUCGCCGGAGGAUUGACCACCAGUUACCCCUCGGAUAUCUGGGGUAUUGGCAUCUGCCUCUUCCUGACGCUUUCCGGCGGGCAGUUACCCUUUUCAGGCCGCGACACGAGGGCGCUUUUGAGAAACAUACGGCGGGUGGCGCUGCCAAUGGGAACGGCGGCAUGGAUGGGUGUGUCGAGUGAAGGGAAGGAGGUGGUGAGACAGCUGCUGGCAGCCAAGCCCAGUGACAGGCCGUCUGCUAGGGAGGUGAUGGCGAUGCCGUGGGUGGUGGAAGGGCGGAACAGGUGGCUGCAGAGGCACUAUGGGCAAGAAGCGAUAUGGGGUGGGGAGUGCUGA